AAAAAGGAAAACUGCAUUUAAAAGGAGCAAGAAGUAAAUGAAACCAAAUUGGGAAUGUUUAAGUCUGUGAAACUGCAUUAAGAGCAGAAUAAGAUUGUUAACUGUGGCUUAAACAUUCUGGAGCAUAAAGAAACUUUAAUUUUGGAAUAUCCAUCUUGACUACUGAAAUACAAGUUCACCAGACGAGAAGUUUUAUUCUGUCUUGGAACACAGCGUUACUUUAAAAAUUACAAUCCAAUGCGUUGGCUUCAGUGACUGCACUUCUUAAAGGUUGCUCGUCAGUUAACUAAACCCUGGAUUCACGGAUUUUCUGUAGACUAGAAAACGAGAAUAUUUUGCUUUUGAAGAAGCAAGUGGAAACUUUACAGCAACAAAUUUCAUGUUUCUUUUGGAGAUUUCAGGGAAAAAGGAAAUAUUUAUAAAACUUCCCAAAGAUCCAAAGAAUUUGCAAAUACGUUGGAGGUUAUAAAGUGGUCACAAUCUGAAUACCAAAGGAGAUUGCAGCUGACCAAAGGACUUCCACACUGUAAACUGGACGUGCCUUUAUAAUGGUAAGCAGUAACAGCUCCAGCUGUGACUAUGAUGACUCCUUUAAGUACACUUUGUACGGCUGCAUGUUUAGUAUGGUGUUUGUGCUUGGGUUGAUAUCCAACUGUGUUGCCAUAUAUAUUUUCAUCUGCACCCUCAAAGUGCGAAAUGAAACUACAACGUACAUGAUUAACUUGGCAAUGUCAGACUUGCUUUUCGUUUUUACUUUACCCUUCAGGAUUUUUUACUUUGCAACACGGAAUUGGCCAUUUGGAGAUUUACUUUGUAAAAUUUCGGUGAUGUUGUUUUAUACCAACAUGUAUGGAAGCAUUCUGUUCUUAACCUGUAUUAGUGUAGAUCGAUUUCUGGCAAUUCUCUACCCAUUUAAGUCAAAGACUCUAAGAACCAAACGAAAUGCAAAAAUCGUUUGCACUGCUGUAUGGUUAACUGUGAUGGGAGGAAGCGCACCAGCAGUUUUUUUUCAGUCUACCCACUCUCAGGGUAACAAUACCUCAGAGGCCUGCUUCGAAAAUUUUCCAGAAGCCACAUGGAAAACAUAUCUCUCAAGGAUUGUAAUUUUCAUUGAAAUAGUGGGAUUUUUUAUUCCUCUAAUUUUAAAUGUAACUUGUUCUAGUUUGGUGCUAAGAACUUUAAAUAAACCUGUUACAUUAAGUAGAAGCAAAAUAAACAAAACUAAAGUUUUAAAAAUGGUUUUUGUACAUUUGGUCAUAUUCUGUUUCUGUUUCGUGCCUUACAAUAUCAACCUUAUUUUAUAUUCUCUUAUGAGAACACAGAUAUUUGUUAAUUGCUCAGCAGUGACAGCAGUAAGGACCAUGUACCCAAUCACUCUCUGCAUUGCUGUUUCAAACUGUUGCUUUGACCCUAUCGUUUACUACUUCACGUCGGACACAAUUCAGAAUUCAAUAAAAAUGAAAAACUGGUCUGCUAGGAGAAGCGACUCCAGAUUCUCUGAAGUUCAAGGCACAGAGAACUUUAUUCAACAUAACUUACAGACCUUAAAAAAUAAGAUAUUUGACAAUGAAUCUACAAUAUAAGCUGCCUGAAAUAAAACCACUGGGACUCCACUGGGACAGAACUUCCAAGUUCCUUCAACUGUGAAAAGUGUUUUUUUGGACAACUAUUUCUCCACGUCUGAAAGAAAAUAAACACAUGGAAAUUCUAAAGUUUUUUAGUAUAAAAAAAUUGUAUUCAAUGUGUUAGCAUUAAAAUGUACUCUAUUCUUGUAUACACUCCAUUUUAUUUUUCUAAGCCAUUUUGAUUUGUACUUUACUCUUCAUUAAAAACUCCCUUAAAAAGUUGUCCAAAGUCUAAAAGUGACUAUGAUUUAAA